GGCGGAUGCUAAGCUAGAUUCAUGACGUCUCUGUUUCCUGUAAACAUGAUUAAAACAUCAACCAACCAUGGCUGAAUCCUUGUUAAUAUAAAGACACUGGAUAGACAAAAUGCGACGGCGGAAGAAAAGUGUUACGAUCAAUUUCUUCAGCAUUAUGUCCGAGAUAUCCGAAGAAACAGAAGAAUUACUGUUGGCUGAAGACAGAAUCUCAGAGAGAUCAUCAACGUCAAACUGCAGCAAGGAGGCAGAAAAGGAAAAACGGACGUCAGAAAAAGUAAAACACGAAUCGGACACGUCCGAGUCCGAAUUGUCCUCAGACGAAAAUAGUAAUUCAUCCACAAGUACGGAAAAAAGGAAAUACACCCAAAAUGAUGUUCUGGAAGAGUCGUCUGCAAACCCGCUCAUUGAUAAACCGGAAGCAACUAACGAUCCUCUGGCAGGGAUGGAAAUGGAUAAUUUCGAAAUGGAUUUUUCGGAGUCCUGCCCUCCUCCUUGUGAUGCAAGUAAGCGAUUUGAAAUCUUGGUGAAUUGUACAGUGGCGUCGGAUCAGCUAGGAUUGUCUGGGACGUAUAAUCUUCACGUGCGGCCGGAAUCUCUGGAUUUAGAAGAUUGUGACACAUUAAAAACAGUGCAUAGCUGGAAAUAUGAUCAUAUUAAGAGAUUUGGCUAUAAGAAAUCAACAAAUGACUUUUUAAUGGUAGUGGGACGACGGAACAAAUUCGGAAACGGUGUGUUUGAAUUCCACGUAAUGGGAGACCCAAGACAGAUCAUAGAUUCAUUACAAAAUAAGCCAGGUUGCUCUCUGAGGCUGCUGGAUAGUGCCAAAAGAAUAAGUAGCAGGAUAUAGCUCUAAAAGAUGUUAAAUACACAAACAUGAACAUCCCCGCACACAAGAGAGAAAUAAGAUUUUGAUUGGCUGAAAGCACAUUAUGAUAUUGCUUAACAACCACGAUUUUAUUUUUGUUGCAUGUAACAUUUAAGGAAAAAACUUAUAACCUUUUGAUUAAAAAUGUUGAACAGAUUCAUGUUUAUAUCAUAUCCUUGUUUGAAAUUUGAUUCACAUUAAUUAUUAUAGAUCUAUGUUUUUAUCCACACAAAAUCAGUUAACAUCCAAUGAAAUUCAAAUGAUACGAUAUCAACAAAUUAAGCGUUGCUUUUUUUCCGACAUCCUCUUUUCUCCACGUAAAUUUAAGUAGAUUUUGCGUAAAUCUACAUAAAAUACGGUGCUAUUAUUAUGUUAAUAUGUUGUUAGUUUAAUUAUGCUGGUUUGUAAGUGCUGGAUAGGGUUCUCAUGUCGUAUAGGGAAAUAUUUCAGGAAGAUCCUCAUGGUUUAUUAUAUAAAAAUACCCAUUUUCAUCAACAGACCCUCAAAAGACAGACAUUAUCAAUUAGUGUCUGAGAGAGAGGGAGAGAGAGUUCAUGCAAUAUUUCAUUGUGGAUCAUACAUUUUCACUCUUUUUUUAUCCCUAUGUUUCUAUAUUCUUGUAUUAGAUUUUAUUGAGACAACGUACAAAAUGGUGAAGUUGAUCAUUAAAUUUAAUUUUAAAGGAAA